AAUUUCUGGAUUUGCUCCGGCAAUUUACAGAGAUAGAUGCAUACUCGUUUCUAAUGUGUAUUAUAUAUGAGAUACUCCGCUUUUCCGGAGUUUACAAACCAAAUUGUAUCACCGCAUAUUCGAGUAAACACUUGUUAAUUUUCUUGCUUUAUUUUAUGACAUGCCAUUCAAACAAAGCAUGAUGCAGGCACCAGCAAGACACAGCAGGGGCAAGAGGGUUGUGAAAUGUAAUGCCCCUCCACAUGUUCAGGAGGUUAAAUGUGUGAUGCCAAACAAGAGGGGGGAGGCCAUGGAAAGACCAGUUUUGAACUACUCGCAACCAGGGAAACCAAUUAAGGGGAAGAAUACAUCUCAAAAGCAAUAUUCUCUGCUGCUAACAAUUCUGGUUUUCACUGCUGUAGCUACCUACGCUGGUCUCUAUAACUACUCAAUCAUAUUUCCACUCAACGACAACAGUACUAAACAUUUGGGAAGACGAUCAAUCAAUGCCAAGGAUGUUUUGUUUUCUCCCAGGUUGUUUCCAAGUGGGUUUUGGUUCCUUACAGCCACAACCUUCACGUUUGUGUCGAGUGUGAUUUUGAUAUUCGUGGCAAUAUGCUUGCAGGAUGGUUGCAAGUGUGGCUUUGGGGUUCGAGUAUUGUCAUCAUUUGUCUUGGCUGCCUUGUUUGUUAGUUAUGUGGUGAUGGUAAAACAGGUGGUUCCACACUUUGUGGUGAUCACUUGGAAUGGCCACAUUCUAACAGGGUUUGAGAUGUUGUGUUUAUGCACCCUCUUUUUGGCCCUUCUUUCACUGGCUGUCGCACUCAUGGUGAGGUGGUUGUGGAGUUUUGUUCGUAGAAGUGGACGAGCAAUCGUUGGUAAGGUCGUGGGAGAAUUGCACGUGUAGCGGUACAAUAUAGUAUAUGUUCACCGUUUUAAUGUAAAUUUUGUCUCUAAAUCUCAUAUCGUUGUAAACAUGUUAUUUUAAUCUCAAUUCCCUCUUGACAUCCACAAAUUAACCCCUCACCGUGAGCAUCCAAUAUGUCUUGGUCGAUGUGGUUUUAUCACCAACGCUCUUAUGGUGGUUGGCAACUCCCAUGGAAAAGUCACUUAAUGACUUUGAAUACUUAAACAUGGAAAA